AAUCCUGUGGAGACUACUGAAAUUACUAAUGAUAACGCUAAUGAAUUGCAAGACGAUUUGUUAGACAAGUCUGGUCUGUUUGUCAAGCAUGAUUUACGAUCUCGUAAAAUUUUAUUACAAAAAGAGAAAGAGAAAGAAAAAAAUGGGAUAAGUGGCGAUGGUGAAGAAGAGAAGCAAGAGCAAGAACAAGAACAACAUGAAGAGAUUGUAGAAAAAGAAAGUGAAACUUUGGUGGAGCCACACAUCCAUAUAACACCCAACAAAACACCUCGAAAAAGGGGGAAAUCUGACUCUGCACCUUCGAAACCACCAUCAGCAAACCGGCGACGUUUAAGCAAACGAAAAGAAGACGAAGAUUGGGAUCCAGCAGAGGCAGACAACGAAUCAAAUUCUGACAGCGAACAUGAAUCCCCAAAGAGAACCUCACGAUCGACAUCCCAAAGAGUCAAAAGACCUAGCAGCACGCCCACAAGCAAAAGUCAUUCUAUUUCUCCAACUAGUAGUCGUCGACAAACUCCUAACGCAAAAACGCCAUCAUUCCCAACGACUCGCCUUUCUAGUAGCACACUAAAUAUUUCGAAAAAGACGCCGACAAAUGCAGCAUUGCGUACAAGGCGUAAUAGUGGUAGUGUACAGACACCGCCUAAUGCAGCAUCGCCUACAAAGCGCAAUAGUAGUGUACAGACACCGACUAAUGUAGCAUCGCCUACAAAGCGCAAUAGUAGUGUACAAACACCGACUAAUGUAGCAUCGCCUACAAAGCGCAAUAGUAGUGUGCAGACACCGACUAAUGCAGCAUCGCCUACAAAGCGUAAUAGUAGUGUACAGACACCGACUAAUGUAGCAUCGCCUACAAAGCGCAAUAGUAGUGUGCAGACACCGACUAAUGCAGCAUCGCCUACAAAGCGCAAUAGUAGUGUACAGACACCGACGCCUGCUAAACGCAAUAAUGCACAGACACCGACUAAUGCAGUAUCGCCUCCAAAACGCAGUAGUGGUAAUGCACAUAGUUCUCCCAGACGUACUAGUUCUAGAACGAAACGUUCUACCACUCCAAAGAUUAAUACUACACCUAGAACUACACGGAGCUCGCGCGAAACACCAGCGGAUCAAGGAGCAACUGUCGCAAUAGCAAUAGAACCACAAAAACAAAUCGAUGAAGUAAUACCAGUUAAUUUAAACCCAAGUAACGAAGGAAUAUCGAAUGAAGACAAUCUUGUUCAAAAAACACCUAUAAAGAGUAAACAGCCGAAUAAAGAAGAUACUACUCCAAGAAGCGGGGACAAUAAACAUCCAGAAAGUGAAACACACACUCCUAAUAGACUUUUCACUCCACAACGUGGCCCUAAUGUAGUUGAAGUGACCGCAAAGAGUCCAGAUGCCCUUGAAAAAGCCGUUUCGCUUUUGAAACCAGAUUUUGUUGUUAUACGAACGAUUGAUAAUAUAAGCGAGUCAUCAAAUCCCUUAUAUGAGCUAGAACCCGGUGAAGCGUUGGAUACUCCGCCUCCUUCCUCCGUUAACAUUAGUCGGACAUCAUCACGUCUUUCUCCGCCUAUUUCCAUGAACACGAGUCAAACAGUGUCAGGCGAAAUGUCGGAUAUCCCAGUGGCAAAAUGGUUAGAUAGUCAUUGGUCACAAUUAAAAGCGAUAUAUAUGGAGACACGGAAGAUUUAUGUGCCAAAUGGAAAUCACGGUUAUGGAAAUGAGCAGAUAUAUGAUGAAGUGGUACAAAAAUUCUAUAAUGCUGAUGUAAAUCAUAAUAAUUUUGAUAGUCAAAAUCUUAGAAAACGAGUCAUAGCCAUCGAAUCAGUUCAUCGCACUGAGAAAAAAUUGAAUCCACACAGACGCGGAAGUACCGAUAGCGCCAGUUCCCGAGGAACCUUUAGACGCUAUAAUUUUGCAUAUCAAAAUAUGCGUGAAAUUGAUUCGAUUAAUAGUAAGCGAAAAUUUAGUAAUUCCGAGGCAAGAUCAAAUUCAGGUCAAGAAGAUCCUAUGAAACGUCGGAAAACUAAUGAAAGCUCUGCUUCGAGCUUUGUUGAUACUCAGCAUCCUGAUAUUGUGCCGAACACAAAAGCACCGAAUACUCCAUCGAUACAAACUCCUAGUCGUCUUUCCGGUUUAUUUGGAUGGCUUAGCUCACGUGCAUCUACACCAGAACAAUUGGAAACACAUCUAUCGUCGUAUAGCGAUAAUGACGAUGAUGAUAUUGUUAAUUCUUCACCUUCUUCACUUUUUGAGUCUGCAUCAUCAAUGCAGAAUGAUUAUCAAGAAGAAACAAGUGGAGUAGAUGAAGAGAAUACGACUGUUACAACUCCGAUGGAAAUUGAGUUUUCCGAAGAUACUAUUGAAAUAAAAACAUCUUUGUCAACGCCACAAUCACAACAACCAGCGCCUCCGUCAUCUCAAAAGGAUACACCAGGUUUUCUUCGAAGGCUUUUUGGUUAA